GUCUCUCCUUUCAGUCAGUCUCUCUUCGACAAUGCUGUUCCGCUUCUUGAUCAUCUUCUCCGUCCUGCUGAUGGCUUGGGAGGCGUCCGGACUGUUCAGCCUGUGUAUCCCUUGCAAUGGCGAAGAAUGCGACGUCGAGCCGACCGACUGUCUAGACGGGGUUGUCAAAGAUGCCUGCGGCAGGUACGUGUGCGGCGCGGGGCCUGGUGAAAGGUGUGGUGGCAGGGCGAACCACCUAGGCAAAUGCGGCAUCGGCAUGACGUGCAAAUGCGGCAAGUGCAUCGGCUGCUCAACAGCAAGGAUCAUGAGGGGGGAAAUCGUAUGCGAAGAUAGCCACCCGAUGUGUGAGUGACCGAAAUGAGUUAAUAAAUAAAUUUAGUUAUUGGCA